GCUGGGAUUGAUUACAGGCGUGCACCACCACUGCCCGGCUCUGUAUCAUUGUCUUAAAAGAAUCAAAAUUAGACAUUUCCCAGAGAAGGGAGAUACCCCAGUGCCUAAAAUCCUGUUCCAGAAAAACCCACGGUGCCAGGGGUCAGGAGCAUUUACCAAGUGUGACCAAGCCCCAUACUGGACGACUCUCACUCAUUUACUGGCCAAGAAAACACCCCCAGAGAUGAUAUCUCAAGAUGGCCCUGGGCCCAGUGGGGUUCCCAGCCUCAGUCCCUGGAAGGUAAGGCCAGAUCCUCAGGAGCAGCUGAGAAAGAACGUGGAGCGGCAGAAGCAACACGCGGGUGCUAGAGUGGGACCCGUGGGAGCCGCACCCAGCUCCCGGCGCGUCAGAAGGCGGGCAAGGGUGGCCUGGAUCCCUGCCAAGGAACGUUCUAGGCCAACCGAGAGCAGCGCCUCUGCUGUGGGGCACACUGUCGUGUCUUUCUGGGCUGUCCUUCGCCCUUCCGCAUCAGUCGCACGGGUAGCCUCGGUCCCUUUAAGAAGUCUGUGCUCCUUGGCCUCGCUUCCGCCAUGGCGGCGCAGCCCCUAGAGGACCUAGUGACCUGCUCCAUCUGCCUGGAUCGCUACCGCGACCCGGUGACGCUGCCUUGCGGGCACAGCUUCUGCGGAGGCUGCAUCCAGGACUCAUGGCGCUGCUGGGAGAAGACGUGCCCCGAGUGUCGCCAGCCCUUCCCCGAGGUCGCCAAGCUGUGUCGCAGCGUGACACUGAGCACCCUGCUGAAAAUGCUGCCCCACGAGCUGCAGGCGCAGGCGGCCGCCAUCCCGCGCCCGGAGCCCGGCGCCGGCCACAGCACGCGCUGCCCGCGCCACGGGAGGCCGCUCGAGUUCUUCUGCCGCACCGAUGGCCUCUGCGUGUGCAGCGCUUGCACAGUGCACGAGUGUCGCCGCCACGAGCGGGCGCUGCUGGACGUGGAGCGCCGCGUUCGCGAGGACCAGCUGAGAGCUAGAGUGGCCGUUGCCCGGCAACAGGUCACCCAGGCUGAGACCCAGCUUCAGGAGCUGCAGCAGCAGAGCAGCCAGAUCGAGAGUUCAGCCUGUACCCUGACCUCAGUGGUCUCCAGUAGAUUCAGCAGCCUGCUACAGGCGCUGGAGAAGCUGCGGGCCUUGACACUGAGGAACAUAGAGGUAGCCAAGAAGCAGGCUCUGGAUCAGGCUCUGAGUGAGAUACAACGGCUAACCAACCACCUGGAGGCCCUGUCCCAGUAUGACCACAGUGUCCAGGAGAUCCUGGGGCAAGUGGAUGACUCCAUCUUCUUCCAGGAAUUACAGCAGCUCUCUGAGCCUGUGGAGUCCCCCGGGCCGCUGCCCGCUCCGCAGUGGGAUGAAGAGCAGCAGCUGAACAGCAUGAAUGAGAUGCUUGGCCCACUGUGUGAGCUCCUCCUUGAAGAGAAGCCCCCCAGCGUGGCAGGCAGCGCUGCCCGUGCUGGCCCUGUGGAAGCCUUGGGUCCUCCGCCACCAGUCCCCAGCAUGGUGUGUCCACUGAGGAAGAAACUCUGGCAGAAUUAUCGCAACCUGACCUUUGACCCGGACACUGCCAACCAGUACUUGUACUUGUCCCAUGAGGACCAGCAGGUGACACACCAUUUCCAGGCCCAGGGCCCAGCCAAGCCAGGCAGCUUCGAGCUGUGGCAGGUGCAAUGCACCCAGAGUUUUCAGACUGGACAACACUACUGGGAGGUACAUGCCUCUGAUCACUCUGUGACGUUGGGUAUCACCUACCCAAAACUAUCUCGCCGAAAGGUGGGGACCCACACGGACAACAUCGGCCGUGGGCCUUCCUCCUGGGGCCUCUGCAUCCAGGAGGACAGUAUGCAGGCCUGGCACAAUGGCAAGGCCCAGCGCCUGCAUGGGGUGACUGGACGUCUCCUGGGCAUCGAUCUGAAUUUGACCUCUGGCUACCUCACCUUCUACAGCCUCGAGCCACAGACACAGCGGCUGCAUACCUUCCAUGCAAUUUUCAGCCAGCCUCUCUUCCCCGUCUUCUGGCUCCUAGAGGGGAGGACCCUUACUCUUUGCCAUCAGCCCGAGGCCAAGCCACCUCCAGGGCCCAGGGAAGACGUCUCAGCACUCAUCUGAGGGAGGCACAGAUAGGUGCCACCAUGCCUAUGUGCCCAAGAGUGGCUCAGCCUCUGACUUGGAGACUGGAGGCCACCAUUCUAAAAGGAAUAGCUGUUGGCUGCUGUGGGAUGGUCUUUCUGUAUGCUGUGAAUAUGUAUUGUUACCA